AUGGGGGACGACAGUUCACAGGAUAAUACUGGAACUCCACCAUCAGGAGGAGCACCAACAGCUGGAAAUCCACAACAACCAGCUAGUGCAAUCAGAAAUAAAGUGGAUGUUCCGCCUGGAUUUGGAAGACGUGUCAGUUCGGUUGAAGUGGUAAAGAACGCGAUGCCUCCGACGAAGAAGGCUUCUGUCGUUAUUUUCGAGACUCCCGAUACUCCUAAAGCUGAGAGAAGAGCUUCAUCUUGGUGGCGCAACUUAGUGAUGGACGACGACAAAACGGCGGCUGCGCAGCCAGAAAUCAUCAUAUCUCCCGAACAAGCUGGUAAUGGACUCGAAGACCGCCACCGUAACAUCUCUACAGCAAGUGUCGGAGACAAAAUUGGACAUUCUAGCACAUAA